ACAACGUGGUCCAUCGCAGUACUCCUACAAUAGGGCUACUUCAGUAAGCAUGAAAGGAAACUUGCUUUAGUUUCGUUUUCGUGUUCAGGUAGGGAGGGCAGGGUAUUUCAAGAUAGGAGAAGACAAACACAACAAUGCAUCGAGACUUGCGGAAAGGACUUCAGCUGUGGCAACGGUAACCUCUUUGUUAUAAUUUAACAUAGCAGCAAGGGUGAAAAUCUGACAAUCUUGAUUUAAAUAACUACAUUUGCGGACAGGAAUGUGGUGUCAGACCACCCAUUUAAAUGGCUGUAUUUUAAUGAUCUAACAGUGCUCAGUUGAAAUGGAUCUAUACAAAUACCAGCUGGAGGUGAUCCAGCCUGCUUUGGAAGGUAAGAAUGUCAUUAUCUGGCUCCCUACCGGCGGUGGAAAGACCAGGGCAGCUGUGUAUGUGGCAAAGGAACAUCUAGGAAGAAGACGUGGGGCCAAGGUAGCAAUGCUGGUAAAUAAGAUUCACCUGGUGGACCAGCACUACAACACUGAGUUCAAGCCCUUUCUGAACGGCACAUACAGUAUUGCACACAUCAGCGGGGACAGUGACCAGAAGGAGUUCUUUGCUAAAGUCAUGCGGGACAAUGAUGUCAUCAUCUGCACAGCACAGAUCUUGGAGAAUGCCCUGAAUAGCACAGAGGAAGAGAAGCACGUAGAGCUUACAGACUUCAGCCUCCUGAUAAUCGACGAGUGCCACCACACCCACAAGGCAGGCGUGUACAACAAGAUCAUGGAGCGCUACGUGGAGAAGAAGCUGCUUCGAGAAGAAGGGCUGCCACAGGUGCUGGGCCUGACUGCAUCUCCAGGGACCGGGGGGGCUAAGAACCUGGACGCAGCCAAGGAGCAUGUGCUGCAGAUCUGUGCCAACCUUGAUGCCUGUGAAAUAAUGUCCUCCAAAGUUCAUUCAGCUGAGCUGCAAGAGAAGGUCCCUAAACCUAGAAAGCAGUAUGACGUUGUUCACAAGAGACUGCAGGACCCCUUUGGAGACAAGGUGAAGGAGCUCAUGAGAAUGAUCCACAGCCGUAUUGACUGUCCUGACGUCACCAGAAACUUCGGCUCCCAGGAAUAUGAGCAGGAUAUAGUGUUGCUGGAAAAAAAAGGUGCUGAGGAGGGGAACCGGCGGCUGCGUCAGAGCGCCCUGCACCUCCGCAAAUACAACGACGCGCUGCUGGUCAACGACACUGUGCGCAUGAUCGACGCCUUCAAAAUCCUGGACACCUUCCACACCAACGAGAGAGCGACGCGGGGAGGCCUGGACGACACUGACCACUUCCUCUUCGAAGUCUUUCAGCGGAGCAAAGUGGAGUUGCAGCAGCUGGCCAACACCCCUGAGUUUGAGAACCCUAAGCUGACAAAGCUGGAAGACAUCCUAUUGGAUCAGUUCCAGAGCUUGCGAGAGUCCCGUGGGAUCCUGUUCACCAAGACCCGCACCAGCACCCACUGCCUCAGCGACUGGAUUGGAACCAACCCUCUGCUGAGAGGGGCGGGGAUCAAACCAUCCGCCCUGACCGGUGCAGGAUUCAGCAACCAGACUGGGCACAUGACCCAGCGUAAGCAGCAGGAUACCAUCCAGAGGUUCAGGGAAGGAGAGCUGAACCUCCUGAUUUCGACAAGCAUUGCAGAGGAGGGGCUGGACAUCCCACAGUGCAAUCUGGUGGUGCGUUAUGGCCUGCUCACCAACGACAUCGCCACCAAGCAGGCGCAAGGCAGGGCGCGUGCUGAGGACAGUCUGUACUCUGUGGUAGCGCAGAGUGGUGGGAGUGAGCUUAGGCGCGAGCACACUAACGAGUACCUGGAGGAUCUCGCUGAGAGAGCCAUCAAGGAGGUGCAGCGCAUGGCAAAGAGGGACUACCUGCUGAAGAUCCGAGACCUGCAGAAGAAAGCCAUCAUCACCCGGAGACUGUCCCAAAAGAAGACGGAGGAAAAGAGGAACAUGCAUGACCCCGACAGCGUGAUUCUGCACUGCUCCUGCUGCAACAUCGCAGUGUGUCAUGGGAGUGACCUACGGGUUAUAAAUGGCACUCACCACGUCAAUAUCAACCCCCAGUUUGAGAUUUACUACAAAUUAGGUACAAAAGUUUUUGAUAAAAAAUUUGAGGACUGGGAACCUGGAUGCAAAAUAAGGGGCAAGGACUGCGGUCAGGAAUGGGGCGUGGAGAUGAUCUACAAGACCAUAACCCUGCCCAUGCUCUCCAUCAAAAACUUUGUGAUCGAAACGCCCAGCGGCACAUCUUCCUACAAGCAGUGGAAAGGAGUCAACUUCCGGAUCGACGAAUUCGACUAUAAUGACUACUGCCAGAGCAAGUUUGGAAAUCUACUGGCAGAUUUAGACUGAGAGCAAGACGCACAUAUGGGCAUGCGGGUAAUAUGAGGAUGCAAUUUGUUUCCCCAUAUAAAGCAAUGGGAAUUAUUUUUAUUUUAAUUUUUUUUUGUAACAUUUUUAAAUGAAAUAUAUUUAAUGUGUCCAAAAACUGUGCACACAUUUUAAAAUACAACACUGUAAAAGGAUGAUACCAGCUAGACCUAGACCUGUUGAGGUCUGUUGUGUGUGUUCUUAUGUGACAGUUUGCAAUGUAAACGACAUGCCCUUUUUAUUUAUUUUUAAAGUCAGUGGUGAUGGUGUUAUUAUAGGCAGUAAGUCAUGGCUGUUUAAUAUGCUUCAAAACUGGAUGAAUUCUUCCACUUGCACUUUUACAUAGCUUGCUGACAAAAAAAUAAAUAAAUAAUAAAAAAUUAUACUACAUCUGUGGCUUGGUCAAA